CAAACAGAUGGGGCGAAUUAAUAAGUCGGUCCAAAAAGUUGGCGCGUGCGAAUCUCCGGUCCAGCGUCUAUUCAAUCACGAAUAUUUUCGGUCCUAUUAUCUAGUUAAAUAUCAAGGGCGAUUAUUUUCGCCGCAAAGGUUGUGUACAAAACAGAAUUGACACGUUGUUUUCGUUCGAUUUGCACCGGCAUACGUGCAUAAAAUUGUCUUGCCGUCGUCCCCCGUUAAUUAAUUAGGUAACAGUGAAUGCAGCCAUCGGUUCGGGCCCCGGGGCUCAAAUAUUGGCAAAACUUAUUGUCGCAUCUGGUUUAUGGCCGCACAUGUAGUCACGUAUUAGUUCCCAUCAAAUCGACGUACGAAAUUCGUGGGUAAAUUUUUUCGAAAACCGCGCCAAUCGGUCGUAAGCAAAAAGCGACGAAAUGUUAUAAAUAAAUUUUGUGCACACCUCCUGAGUGAAUUAUGGGCUUGCUUCUCUCCGUUUUGGUGGCGUGCGUCGGAUUCGUCGAACUGCUCGACUUCUGCUACAACGUGAGGAGGAACCUGACGCGGGGCAAUCAACUAGACCUGGGCCAGGUUAGGAGGCACUAUGUGGACAGUCUGAACGCCCGUGACGUAGCUAAGGUCAGUCCGGAAACGGUGCCCCGCAUAAGACUGAACAGGGACUGUCUCAGCCACGAGGACAUCGAGAUCGAAAUCAACAAGAAUGUGGUGCAGGACAGAUCGAGGUCCAGCUCACAAAGGCGCUACCUUGUCACCGAGAAAAAGGAGGUGGUCAGGUCGAGGUCGGCGUCGCCGAGACGGUUCGUGGUCUCGGAGGAGCCUCAGGGCUUGCACAGGUCGCAACAUCAGCAGUCCAUCCCCGAGUUUUUGUUCUACGAAAAGGACCACAGGUCCCCGUCACCGCACAAAAGGAUCGUCCUCAAAGGAGACGAAAGCGGCAGAGGUUCACCCCUACCCCUACCCCAACAGUUCAUAGUAACCGAAGAGGUGCUGUCCGAACUACAAAAGCACAACCCCCUAUAUUCGAAACAUGAGAUCGAAAUACACGACGACUUUUACGAUUCCGAAACGGAAAUCGCCUUCCCUUCGAACCCGUCCGAAAUGUUCGUGGAGACUCAAAGGGACGUAAGAGUUUUCCAGUCCACCUCCGCAAGGACGGAACAGCUGCUUACGGCCGAGCGCAACUCCCCGGCCAGAUCCAAGUCACCGUCACCAAUACCAAGGAAAUGUACGGAGGCCUUCAGGCGGUCGCCCUCACCCUUCCCUUCGUUCGACCUGCUGGCUCCCCGUAACAGUAUUUGCACCGAGUUGCUCGACAACCCUCCGGUCAGUGUUUCGGAGGUGGACGAAGAAAUGUACUCGUCCAAGUCACCCAGCCCAGUUAGGGUGAUUGUGACCGAAACGGAACACAACACCACCCAAUUUUGGACCAACCAACUGUUGGUCACAACUCCCAACAAACGCAGAUCCCGAUCCAAGUCCCCCAGGGAUCCCGGUAACAGCUUGGAGCUCCCAAAGCAAUCCAGACAUCGCUCCAAAUCUGAAUCCGAUGGCAGAGACGUUAACUUGGAAAACAACAUCAAAAAGACCUCGUCUCAGUGCCAGGUUUCGGUGGAGGAAAAAACGUCUUACAACUCAAAGUUUUUGAACGAACUGGAUGGUGUCAAAGCUAAGACCAGUAAAAAGGGCAAGAAAAAGUCGAGUCACAACAAACAAGAUAAAGCUGGCACGUCCACGGAGGGCAACACCGAGGAGGUUUUGUCUGAGGCGGCCAAAGAGCUGACCAAAAAGUUGGAAAAAAAGAAAGAGCCUGAAGCAUUUUGGGAUUAUUUUCGGAAUCAUUCUUUGGAACAAUGUGUUGAUCGCCCCAUUUUCUUAAUUGAAAAAUAAGAAUUUCUGGAUCUGGGCCAGGUCUCUCCUUGAUUGACACGUACAUUGCAAAUAUGCCCCAUUCUAUCUAUUUAAAACCCACCAUUCUAGCCUAGAAAAGUCGGUUUGUGACAAAGCUGUUUUUAAACACGUCCGGCUUAAUUAAUAACUGCUCCUUUUGAAAAGUGGAUUUAUUACUGAUAAUGUUUUAAAAUUAAUAUUGAUGUAAUAUUUAUUUAUAUAUGGUUUCCAACAAAGUAGAAAGGCAUGUUAUAAUUUAGAUUAAAACAAGUUAUUCUUGAAACUUAGAUCAUACUCUGUUUUUAUAUUUUGUUCAAUGUUAG